AUGGCUGAGCUCAGAUGGAUCCAGAUGUUUGUGCUCAUGAUGCGGAUGCUUCAGUUCACAGGAUCAGAUCAUCCAGCAGAGGAUGAGGAUGAAGAGGAUGAAGAUGAAGAGGAUGAAGAUGAUGAUAAAGAGGAUGAGGAUUGUCAGAGAACGGCAGAGAAAGGACCCACAUGCGCAGUGCAUGCACAGCAGACGGGAGUGAAUCAACAACUUUCCUCCUUCGUCGCUGUCAGAGCUGGAGACGACGUCACUUUGACUUGUGAACAUGUGAAAGAUGAACAGGAUGAAUGUCAGAACAUAGAAUGGUUCUACAAUGAUGCAGAUCACACCAGAAUUGAUGGACUGGUUAGAAAUGGACAGAUUGUAGCAUCCAGAUCAAACAGACUGAGACUUGGAGAGAAAUGUUCUCUGGUCAUAAAGAACGUCACAGAUCAGGAUGUUGGUCGUUACACCUGCAGACGAGGUGGAGACUCUGUAGUUUAUCUGUCUGUUGUUACAUUGACUGGAGUGGAGCUUGAGAAUAAGACGCACUUUUACUGUUACGUGUCAACACAUAAAUACUGUGAACCAUCAGUGAAGUGGCUGAAUCAGGAUAAAGUGUUUAUAGGUCACAGAGACCUGAAGGCAUCACAGACUCACUACUACGCUGUCCUGUCCAUUGAGGAUUCUCAGUUUAAUUCACCAAUGCUGAACUCAUUAACGUGUGAAGUGACUGAUUGUACAAGAAACGUUCAUCAGUUUCUCCUCAGUUCUCAGACUUCAGAUAAAGACACAAAACCAGCACCAACUGAAUCAUCCACUACAUUAAGAUCAGUCAGAGUCUCAUCUACAACAAGUGAAGACACAAAACCAACCACCUCAACAACAAAAGAAGAAGGUUGGUGGAGGAUCAUCAUCGUCUCUGUGGGUUUAACAACACUCAUAAUCACAGUUGUUACAGUCGACAUAUGGAUCAGAACCAAAGGGAACAAAACACAAAAGAAUCAAACCACAGUUGGUGAAGGUAAUGAUACAAUGAAGUAUGAAAAUGCUGGAGUCUCUUCUGCUUCAGUCUGAAUCCACUGAUCAACAGCUUCAUCAACUCAACAGAAACGAGUCACUGCUGAUGUUAAAGCUCCAUCUUUUGCUGAUGUGACAGAUUAGAUCAGAGGAGAGCAGCACAGAGGAGGAGGAGGAUGAUGAUGAUGAUGAUGAUGAUGAUGAUCUUUGUA